CAAGUGAUCGAGCCAAAAAAAAAGAAAAAAUGCACGCAAAGACCAAUUCAGAGGUGACGAGUGUGACGGCAUCGUCUCCGACGAGGUCGCCGCCUCGAGGACGGCCGGUGUACUACGUACAGAGCCCAUCGAGAGACUCCCACGAUGGGGGGAAGACGAACGGAUCGAUCCAUUCAACUCCGGUGAUUAGCCCCAUGGGUUCACCUCCUCAUUCUCACUCCUCCGUAGGUCGACAUUCUAGAGAGUCCUCUGCAAGCCGCUUCUCUGGUUUCCUGAAGUCAGGCUCCGGCAAGAUCUUACCUAAUGAAGUCUCCCGUGGUGGUCAUCGCAAGAGCCAUAAGCCUUGGAAGGAACCCUUCGAUGCAAUCGAAGAAGAAGGUCUACUUGACGCUGACGGAACCGAAAAAAGCCUUUCCCGUCGAUGUUAUCUUCUUGCUUUUGUUCUUGGAUUCAUCAUUCUUUUCUCCCUCUUUUCCUUGAUUUUGUGGGGUGCUAGUCUACCUCAGAAACCCAUUAUCACCGUGCAGAGCAUUACAUUCGACCACUUCUCCAUUUCAGCUGGUUCGGAUUCCUCAGGAGUAGCAACCGAUAUGGCCUCAAUGAACUCCACUGUCAAAUUUACGUACCGCAACACUGCAACUUUUUUUGGAGUCCAUGUAACAUCAACACCGCUCGAUCUGAAAUACUACCAGCUUACCGUGGGCGCUGGAACGAUGAAUUAUUUUUAUCAAUCAAGGAAAAGCCAGAGAACGGUGGCAGUGGUGGUUUCCGGAAACCAGAUUCCUCUGUAUGGAGGUGGAGCGACUCUGAGCAGUUUAGGAGGAAACCUGACGGCGCCGGUGCCUCUGAAACUUGAUUUCAUAGUCCGUUCAAGAGCUUACGUUCUGGGUCGUCUGGUUAAACCUCUGUUCUACAGAAACAUCGAAUGCUCAAUCGUCUUUCAACCCAAGAAACUCAAAGUUCCCCUUUCGCUGCAUCAGAAUUGCACAUAUAAUUAAAUUUGUUUUUCAGAUUCU